CGUAAAGUGUAGAGGUGAUGAAAAGUCAAUAUGGUCGUGUAGAAGUACAGGCGGUUUUAAUGUGAGUCUCACUUCAUGUCCCAGUGACAAAGAAGACGCCCGCGUGUUUUGUACAGGUAGAGUUUACCUAGUGGAAAUACAGAACUCAAGAUAUGGAAAAGUGAUGAUAUGGAGCAAAGAUGAUUACCGACUCGUUUGUUCAGACGGUUUUGACGACAUUGCCGCCAAUGGUCGUGUGCAGGUCGGCAGGAUUCCAAAAUGGAAUCAGUAUUUGUUGUUCGGCCAUUGGGUAUGAUUCUACUUACAUUGCAUAUCGCGACGUCCGAUGCACCGGUAGCGAGAAUUCGAUACUCGACUGCAGCUAUGUGGAAGAUAAUACCGGCUGCUCUAGCCAGAAAUAUGCAUCUGUGGCUUGUUCUGAUCUACCUGCGAAUGGAGAAUAUUCACUGAAACUAAAGAGUUACAACCGCGGGACGAUUUCCAUCCGCCAUCUCGAUAUCUGGGGCUACAUCUGCGCUGAUGGUUUUGAUGAUGCAGAUGCCACAGUCAUUUGCAGAGAGAUGGGCUUCAAAGGAGGAUUUGCUUACCUCGAGCGCUUUUAUGGUUAUGAAAGCCCACAUUACCUGAGCAUACCCUGGCUGACCAACGUGAAUUGCACGGGACAGGAGGGGUAUCUGGGUCUAUGUGGAAAUAUCCGAUGGGGCUCCGUAGAUCAGUGCAACGAUGGUAAACCGGCGAUAAGCAAUUUGAAGCAGCCCGCAGUGUUCUGCUACCAGAACUCAGGUUUAACAUUGAAUCUGGCCCAUGGCAACAACCCACUGCAUGGACAAGUGAUGUUUACAAUCGACAACCAAACAGGAUAUUUCUGUGGAAGCUUUAACGAUAGCGUAGCAACUGUUGUUUGUAGACAAAUGGGUUUCGUGUCAGGAAUAUCUCUUUUGUCGAAUGAAACUUCUUUGAGGAGUGUGGACUUUGGGGUUAAUGAAGUUGCGUGCACAGGAAAUGAAAGAAAAUUAACUGACUGUACAGUACGAAUGAGGGACAAAAAUUUAAAGUUAAAUGUUUCAGCAAUCUGUCAACAUAAUUAUCGGGCUUGCUCAUAUAAUGUGUAUAGCCAUCUAUGGGAAAAUGAUGCCUGCUUCAACGGAAAGAAAUCCCUCAUUGUCCAGUGUUACUCCACAGACUUUCAUGUGCGUAUCAACCCGGACUACGAGAAGUCCAUGCACAAUUUCUACGGUUAUCUGGAGGUGAACGUAGGCGGAGUGUGGGGCUCCGUGUGCAACCGAGGCUGGACCAACAAGGACGCCUUUGUGGCCUGCAAGCAGAUGGGCUAUGCAGGUGGACACGCCUACAGACCUCCGAAGAACAGUUCAAACUUGAUUCUGAUGGGUAAUGUGCGUUGUCAUGGUGAUGAGGACUCGCUGCUGAAUUGCCCCUACGACAAGUGGGCGGUGACCACCGGCUGUGAUUUCUAUACCAAGCGUGCCGGGGUGUUAUGCUACAAUGACACAAGUAACUAUGCCCGUGUUCUUCCAAGCACUCUCGGCCCGGAUGGAGUUCAGAGGAGGAAAGAAAUCAGGGGCUAAUUAUGAAGGAAGCAUCUAUUGAGCAGCCCAAUAAUGCUGGAUAUGAUAUUUAGUCUGUUGACUUUGAAUCUCUCGAAAGCUUCAAUAUUGUGCAGAUAAGAUUUCAGCGGUAGUGAUCAUAGCGGUAAACGUCGUCGAACCAAAACUUUGUUUACGCUUAGAAUACGUAUAUCUUAUGUUUUGAUCUUGAGUUCUUGCUUAAUGAAGUAUUUUAGUCUGGGUCUUCGAAGUUAAUAAUUAUCUUUACGUUGUUGAGAAUGUGUGAUGUGCACUGUGUGGUACUUAGUAUGUAUAUUUGCAAUUAAACACUUGAUAUUUAUAGUAUAUCUAUAUACUAUACAUAUCUACAAUGAACAUAAAGUAAACCAUGAUUCAUGUACUUUUAAUCAUGUAAUUUGACUAAUACUUAUGGCAUUCACGAUGU